GACCACGCCCCUACCCCUCUCCCCCUUCUCCCCCUGCGAAAGGGGGGCGUGUAGGCAACCGGGAUCAGCCAGGGGCCAGCAUGAGCCGGAGGGAGGGAAGUCUGGAAGAUCCACAGGCUGACUCCUCCAUCUCACCCCUUCCCCACUUGGAGGCCAAGAUCCGUCAGACACACAGCCUUGCCCGCCUCCUCACCAAAUAUGCUGAGCAGCUGCUCCAGGAAUAUGUGCAGCACCAGGGAGACCCCUUCGGGCGGCCCGGCUUCUCGCCCCCGCGGCUGCCGGUGGCCGGCCUGAGCGCCCCGGCUCCCGGCCACGCGGGCCUGCCCGCCCCCGAGCGGCUGCGGCUGGACGCCGCGGCGCUCACCGCGCUGCCGCCGCUGCUCGACGUGGUGCGGCGCCGCCAGGCCGAGCUGAACCCGCGCGCCCCGCGCCUGCUGCUGCGCCUGGAGGAGGCGGCGCGCCAGGCCCGGGCCCUGGGCGCCGCGGUGGAGGCCGUGCUGGCGGCGCUGGGUGCCGACGAGACCCGCGGGCCCCGGCCCGAGCCCGCCGUCGUCGCCACCAACGCCGCCGCUGCCGCCCCCGACGCGGGCGUCUUCCCUGCCAAGGUGCUGGGGCUCCGCGUGUGCGGCCUCUACCGCGAGUGGGUGAGGGAGCUGAGACGGAGAGAGAGAAGGAACAACUAGCCCACAGUCACCCGCCAUCAGUGACAGUGUUGGAGUGAGUCUCUAGUGCACGGAGCCCCUGAACCCUCGGACUUGUGGAGGAAACGUCUCCCGACCUUGCUCUGCUUCCGCUACCCGGGGCUGGGCCAGGAGGGCGGUGUCCCUCUGCCCUUGUCCCCUGCUUGUGCCCCGUGUCACUCACAUAAGUCUGCAGCAGCGCUGACGUAUUCUUCUGCAUGUAGAGGGCCAGGCUGUAGGCCUGACGGAUGGGCUCAGCUGGGGAGACGGGGGCCCCCGGACGGAGGGGCGGCAGCAGCAGCAGCGUCAGCAGGCAGAACGGGGCUGGCGGAGGAAAUCAGAGGUCAGCAUCCAGUCCCCGAGCCCGCCUGCUGGUUCAUUCAUUCUCUGUCGCAACUCUUCCCACGGGCACAGCCCUUGGCCUGCAACAAUGGUGUGUAUCCAAGUCGGGGCCGCAUCACCCUGUAAGGAGAUUCUUUCCAGCCCAGAACGUUCCACGGGACCCCAGACCCGAUGUGUUCAACUUCCUGCUUGACCGUAUUGGACACCAGGAAGUGUCUCAACUCAAAGUCUCCAGCACGGACUCCGGUUAGGCUUCUGCCCGCCCUCCAGCAGUCCCCACCUCAGGCAGGGGCGCUUCCACGCUUCCCUUUGCUCAGGGCACAAUCUGGGAUCCUCUUCGAAGCCUCAUUCUCUCUUGCUGUCCACACUCACAGCACAGUAAACCCUACCGGCUCUGUCCUUAAAAGGGAGCCAGUCCAGCUCUGUGUUUCUUGGUCUGAGGGCUCAUGACAAGGAGACGAUCAUUUUGUGAAAAUUCAUCGAGCUGCACGCUUCCCGAGUUGGGUACUUUGCUCUUUGUUCUUCUCAAUAAAAAGCCUUAGAAGUUGACAAGAGGCACUGAGCACCUACCGGCCGCCCCUUCCGCGCGUGGCCGCCCCUUGGGCCCCGGCCACCAGCCCUCCUCACCCAGGAGCGUCCUCCCACCUGUCCCUGCUUCUCCGACCCUUGCCGGCCUCCCCCCCCACAGCCCCCAGCUCAACGAGGUCCCUCCUGUGCCUGAAUUCUUCACACAGUGCAAGGGAAUAAACCAAAGCCCUUCGGUGGCCUGCAAAGCCGCGCCCCUCCGUACUGGCUUCCCAUUCCACUCCCCACCCCAGGCCUUUGCCCUUCCUGGGCCCUGCCAGGACCACCCCAAACCUUUCCCGCCACUGGAUCCUUCUUGUUCUUCGGGCCUCAACUCAGAUAAGCUGUCCUCACCUCGUAUCAAAAGCGCCUCCCCGGUCUAUAGUCUUCAGAGACGUUUGCGCUUUAAUUCAUUUCCUUAUUUGUCUGCUUGCUUGUUACUGUCUCUCCCCCUAGAAUGUUGGCUCCAGGAAAGAGAGAACCUGCCCUGAUUCAUUUGCUGCUGGUUCCCCAGCACCUAGCACGGAGCUUAAUAAAUAUUUGUUGAAUGACGGAA